GACGUACAUCUGACGUACAAAGAAGAGCAAAAAGAGACCAAAACAAACAGCAGCCUAGCAAACUACCUUUAAAUUGACUCCGUCAGCAGGUGGUUGUCAGUAGGAGCUGAGCAUAGCUCAUGUUGGAAGAGCUGUAGUUUAGGGAUUUGGCUCAGAAAAGACCGGAAAGCAUCCUCUGUCCAACAUACUGAACAUCUUGAGCUCUGCCAUCUGCUCUCUUUGUGUUGGAGCAACCUUUUCCAGAUAAUUCACAGGGUUGGGACUGAGUCUGGAAUCAAAGACUUUCUUGGUCUGGAUAAAUAUGGAAAAAUAAAAUACAAUUUGGAAAAAAAUAAAUAAAUUCAGGACCCUGUUUAUUGAAGGACACUGUUUUGAAGACCUCUCUGGGCCGGUCCAAUGUCUUCUGGCUGUCCACCACAGUCACCGGCUGUAGCAAAGACAGAGGUAGCUGUUGAAGGAGAAUGUCCGCUACUGGCAGCCACCUUUGCCUACUGGGACAACAUCCUGGGCCCACGUGUGCGACACAUCUGGAUUCCGAAAGGUGAUCAGCUGAUGUACCUCAGUGAUGGCGAGGUCACGUUCCUGGCCAACCACACACUCAAUGGAGAGAUUCUCCGGAGUGCAGAGUGCGGUGCUGUUGACGUGAAGUUCUUCGUGCUGGCUGAAAAGGGCGUCAUCAUUGUUUCCUUGAUCUUCGACGGCGAGCUUAAGGGGGAUAAGAACACGUGCGCCCUGUCCAUUAUUCUGCCUCAGACAGAGUUGGCCUUCUACCUGCCCCUGCACGCCGUCUGCGUGGAGCGGCUGAAGCACGUCAUCCGGAAGGGUCGGAUCUGGAUGCAGAAGGGCUACAACAUCAUCUCAGUGCUGAGCUUGGAGAUCGCGCCCAUCAUGGAGCUGCUGGCCUCGAUGAAAUCACACGGCGUGCCUGAAGAUAUAGAUAUAAAAGACACCGUGCUAAAUGAUGAUGACAUCGGGGACAGCUGCCAUGAGGGUUUCCUCCACAAAGCCAUCAGCUCUCAUCUACAGACGUGUGGCUGCUCAAUUGUGGUCGGAAGCAACCCAGAGAAAAUAAACAAGAUUGUCCGGACUCUCUGCAUCUUCCUCACUCCAGCUGAGAGGAAAUGUUCUCGUCUCUGCAGGGCCAACUCCUCCUUCAAAUACGACACGGGUCUGUUUGUUCAGGGCCUUCUCAAGGACUCGACCGGCAGCUUCGUCCUACCGUUCCGUCAGGUGCUCUACUCUCCUUACCCGACCACGCACAUUGAUGUGGACAUCAACACCGUCAAGCAGAUGCCUCCAUGCCACGAACACACCUACAACCAGCGGCGCUACAUGCGAUCCGAGCUGAAUGCGCUCUGGAAGACUGACAGCGAAGAGGAUAUUCCUCCAGAAAUGGUGAUCCACACUGACGAAACCUUCACUCCCGACCUGAAUAUCUUCCAAGAUGUCAUGCAUGAGGACACGUUGGUCAAAUCUUUUAUAGAUGAGGUGUUCAUGCUGAAGCCGGGUCUGUCCCUGAGGAGCACCUACCUGGCCCAGUUCCUGCUGCUGCUCCACAGGAAGGCCCUCACGCUGCUGAAGUACAUCGAGGACGAAACGCAGAAAGGAAGGAAGCCGUUCCGAUCUCUUCGGAACCUGAAGAUGGACCUGGAUCUGAAAGUGGAAGGAGACCUCAACAUCAUCAUGGCGUUGGCAGAGAAGCUGAGGGCGGGGCUUCACUCCUUUGUGUUUGGGAAGCCGUUCUACACCAGCGUGCAUGAGCGAGACGUUCUCAUGAGCUUCUGAUUGUAUUCUGUUUCCCCCGUUUGAACUAUGUUCUGUUUGUGUUCGGAUCCCUUUAAGGACUGAUUGUUACUGAUCUGAUGAGUUAUUAGUUGCCUUCAUCGUCUAGAAUGAGGACAAUGUGGUUUAUCCAUGAGCUCCUUGCCUGCUGUUAAUCUGGAUUCAUUGAUGAUGUUAAAUUUGCCCCUCAGAGGUGUUUGGGAUUUCAUGUUAUAUUUCUUUUAAAAUCACCUGCGUUGUGAAACAACCAUGGCUUUUUACCAUUUUCUAAUCAUGAAUGAUUUUAUUUUAAUAUUAGAUUAUGUUGAGUGUGCUGAACUGGAAUGAUACCUGGUGAAAUAACUGAAGCACUUGGAUUUUACAGAUGAUAAAAUCAGCAUUAAAUACUUUGUGAGUUGUUUUGCUUGUCUGGGUCUCUGUUUCUGGCUGGAAGGACCAUAGAACUUCACCUUACGGCUUCAUUACAUCUCCUGUCUGAAGUAUUUGUCCAGUGAGUUUACUACAUUCCAAGCUGUCUCUGUUUUAUGUCUAUAAGCUGCAUGAAAGGUUUCAGGAGGACCAUUUCAGUAAUAAACGUUUGCUGACAAUU